UGUCAAUAUGGUAAAAUUUGUUUGCGAAUAUUGGGAAUAAAAUGCUGUUUUUCGUGCUUUCUUGAACGAGUAAUUUUUUCAACAUAUACCUAAUUAGAUAAAGCAACAUCUGUACUAUCACAAUGACAAUGUCGACGUGUAUGGAGAAUUACCAAGCGGCCAUGUCGGAGCUCCAGGCCACCCUCGAGUUCCAGGUGGAGCUGCACAAGUUCUACAAUGUGGACCUCUUCCAAAGGGGGUAUUACCAGAUCCGUACAUCAUUGCGCGUCCCUCCAAAGGCCCCUGUUAAGAUGGAAGUCAGUCUGCCAAAAAACUCGAACUGUGAUCUUGUGUUCCCGGCGUGCAUCAUGAAUGGCGUGGCCGUCAGUAAGACAUUUGAGAUUCUGUACCGCAAUGAAGACGUGAUUGUGAAUGACAUCGUCACAUUCCGUGUACACAUGUUGGUUGACAGUCAGAAGAUUGAGCAAGAUAUUGAGAAAGCAGACUUGCAGCUUGUAAUGGAGUUAUGGUUUACAGAUGAAGAUUAUGGAUGGAUAUCAAGUUGGCGGGACUCAAUAUCAAAUGAUAUUUGUAUCGACAAUCAAGACAAGAUCCAGAUGGUGAGCCAGAAGGUGUUAAAGCUGCAUUUCGUGCCGAGUAAAGGCAUCCACCACCACGUGCCUGUCAUAUUUGACUACUUUCAUCUGUGUGUCAUUUGUACGACCGUUCAUGGAACGUUGGUUGCUCUUCAUCAGCCUUAUAUCAGAGAUAGCUCUCCUCAUUUUUGGAAGGGACAUCGUUUUCAGAAACAACGUUUGCCAAAGCUUCCGAAAUCUGGAUGGAACAAAAAUCAAGAGCCCUCAACACUUGAGAGUGUCUUGUUUGGGCCAAGACCAUUGGCUGCAUCCCCGAAGUAUGCAGUCAUGUUACGACUGAAGGGUGCGUGUAAAGUCUUACGGGAGAUUUGCCAUGUUCUGUUAUCAGCGUAUGAGAGUCUGCAGGCAUCCUAUCAGGAUCUGGUUAAGCUCCUGCCUUCACAAAUGGGCCAGAGACUACAAAUUGAAUCUGCUGACUGCCAUAAACGUCUGGAGUCCAUCGCAGAAGUGAUUGAGACGUUUGAUGAUGAAGAAGACAUGCUCCAGACAGCUAAUACAAAUGUUGCUCAACUCUGCGCGGAGAAUCUUAUCCUGUGGAGCCAGUAUUUGGAGAUGGUCACGCUGAAUGAGAAGAUUACGUUCUCAUUGGCCAAGGAACAUCACCUGACCAGGUGUAAAAGAUUUGCUGAAGCAUUCUUCACCAUGGAACACUCCAAGCAUAGCAUGCUAUCCUGCUAUGAGCCCAGUAUGCAUGGUCACAUCGAUCUCAACACAAUAGUCAAGAACUCAAUCUACUUCCAAACUUUGCCACCCCUACCGGUCGAAUGUCUGGAGGUUGAUGGUGAUAGUACAACGCUACCCGUCAUAUUUGAGGAUGUUUAUUCAGAUCUGUUUCACCUUUCAGACCAAAUGACAACAGACAUCGAUGACAUUGGCUUGACAGUUCAAGACAUCCAGCUUGACCGUACAGAAUCCAUGUCAUCAAACCAGAGCAGCUCAUACAGUGAAACAUCAGAAAAAAGCAAAUCCAAGGCAAAGAAGUUUAUCAAAAACAUCAAACCAGAGACAUUGAAAAGACCAUCACAUAGUUUUCAAAAUGAAGUUGCUGGUGCAAAGGUGAAGCAUGAUGCAACUUUGGUCGGUUAUAAGAAACUUUCCUUGGAUGGUCCAAAUGUGGAGCCAGUUGUGGCACUUGGGACACUCAGUCCAAAUGGUGCAAACUUAGAGGAGCAGAAACAGAAACUGAUGAUGAAUGCCGCAUCAAUGCCUUCAUUGUUCAAUAGUCCUCAUUCUAAACUCAAAACAGGAUCCAUGCCUGACUUGUCUUUCUCACGUGGUGGAUCAUCGCCAGGUUCGGCACGCCUUCGAGCGGAAACAGGAUCUCUUUGUGAAUCCGACUCUGAUAUUUCCUCGAGAUCAUCGAGUAUACGAGGACCAAUCCGGUCUUUGACUCUGCCAGAGACCAACGAUGGUGAGAACGAUUUGCCAAAAUCUGACAGUCGAGUGACUUUCAAUGAAGCAGACGUGAUAAUAAAUGGAAUAGAGAUGGAUCCAGAAGAUGUGCGAGAAUCGACUCCGGUCGAAAGGUUAUCGGAGCAAGAUGGUGGUGAUACCUCUCAUGGUGUUAGUGAUGCUGACAAUGUGUCUUCUUCAGAUUGUGUAGAGGGAGCUGAGAAAUCAGAUUAUGAUGUGUUAGCAGACAGUAUAUCUCAGGCUCUUGGGGAGAAAGAGCAGGUGACAGCUGACUCUGGUGCCAGUACGCAGUCUAGUGAGAUUAGAAACACUACUGAUGUGUCAAGGACUUGUGCUGAUAAAAGGACUUCUGAAUCUCGGAAAGACUCUGGUAUUGAGGAAUGUUCUGGUGCUACUGGUUCAACUUGCUCAAACACGCAUAAUCCUCUCAAGCAUCACCUGAGUGAUGCGUCUGCCUCAUCAUCAUUCGGUGAUGAAGAGAGUGAAUAUACAAUACUAGAAUUGUUAAAAAAGGAUUACAAACAUUCGCAAAAGAAUAAGAAGGAUAGCCCGGCACAUCGGCAUGGCCUCCCUAGUGCGAGUAGUGUUGAUGACCUUCAGAAGGAUAGUGCCUUGGGAUCAAGUACCGAGAGCAAAAUCUCUGGUGGUUCAAGGCCAAGUUCCAUGGUGGUCUCGGCGUCCAGUCCAGAGCUUUCCGCCAUGGCCCAGUAUGAUGGACAACAGAGGCUGGUCUCUAUUGUGGCUGACCAAACAAUCAGUUUUGUCACUGCCAAAGAAGACUUGAAAAGAAUGCUGAGAUCAGGGUAUCAUGGUAACUUGUACAGCGACUUUCCCAACCUGCCGUCCAAUAUUCCAUAUUUCUGGCCUCCAUCAUCUACAUAUGAUGACGACCUUCACCUCAUCAUCUGUGUCCAUGGUCUUGAUGGUAACAGCGCAGAUCUACGGUUGGUGCGGACAUAUAUUGAGCUUGCCAUGCCAGGAGCCAAGAUUGACUUCCUCAUGUCGGAGAGGAAUCAACCAGAUACUUUUGCCGACUUCUCUGUGAUGACAGAUCGACUUGUUGAAGAGAUUCUCUACUAUAUCAACAUGUACUCACUCAAUCCUGCCAGAAUCAGUUUCAUUGGUCAUUCCCUUGGUAACCUGAUCAUCAGAUCAGCCCUCGCACGGCCAGAACUUGCUCACUUGAUGCCCAAGAUGCAUACCUUCCUCUCCCUGUCAGGACCCCACUUGGGAACUCUCUACAAUAACAGUGGACUUGUCAAUAUGGGCAUGUGGUUUAUGCAGAAGUGGAAGAAGUCUGGCUCUUUACUGCAGCUUUCCCUAAAGGACCAUUCAGAUCUUCGUCAAACAUUCCUCUACAAACUCAGCCAGAAGUCAGGUCUUGAAAACUUCAAAAAUGUUCUUGUGGUAGCUUCAACUCAGGAUCGUUAUGUGCCAUAUCAUUCAGCUAGAAUAGAGAUCUGCAAGUCGGCUGUUAAAGAUAGUUCAAACACUGGUCAGAUCUACCUGGAGAUGGUGAACAACCUGCUCCAGCCAAUCUUGACCAAACCCGAUGUCACAUUUGUCCGCUACGAUGUGUUCCAUGCCUUGCCCAAUACUGCCAAUAGUCUCAUUGGACGCGCUGCACACAUUGCCGUGCUCGACUCUGAACUAUUCCUGGAGAAAUUCUUCACAGUGAAUGUACUGAAAUAUUUCAAAUUCAAGUGAAGAUGUAUGUACUGAUUACUGCAGCUUAAUGAGGUGACCGGGUGAUUCAGAAUGCAAAUAAAGGGGUCUAGUUCAGGGCGUUAUUAAUUAAAGGUCACAAACAGCUAAUGUUAAGAUUUUCUGCUGGUUUACAGAAAACAUUGACCAGAGUGGUAGUUUUCAUGACUACUGACGAUCUAAACCUUAUGAUAUUGUGCUAAAUGAUCUGAACAUUUCCAUUGUGUCACAACACAGUUUGUCAAAGCAUGGUACCCAUGUCUUUCAUGUUAUUGCUUCAUUAGUUAAUUACACAGAUUAUAUUAGGUCUAUGUUGAUGUACAUUUAGUUGUUUUUGUUCACCCUUUGAUUAUGUAAUAAUUGGUAAAUAUAACAUUGACAUGUUGCCGACUAUAUAGGUUUAUGAAAUAGGUAAUAGUAAUACAUAUCAGAGGGAUGUACUUCUGAUGAUUUAUACCUCAGCAUGAAAAAAUAACACAACAGGGAAUGUACUGUCAUAAGUGUAAUCAAGUGGAUUACUAAUGUCACCUAAAGUUGUUAGCUAUUCACUAAAGUAUGGUAUUGUACAGUAAUGAACAAAGGGAUGCAUGCAACAAUGUUCGUUACUGUUCUGUCAUGAAUAUCCAACAACUAUACCACAGCACAAUACUUGACGACUGUGUAGGUGCUUCUAAUCAAGGAGUUGCAAACUGUAAAAUGUGCACGUACAAGUCUGCUUGGUGAAUGGUAUUUGGGAAGGUACAGUCCCAUGAUUCAAUGCAACAAAUAGCAUACAGUGUUCGUGUAGUCCUGUGCACAAACGUGCUGUGUCUGCAGGUUAUAUCUGCAAAGUGAUACUGUAAUAUGCUACUGAUACAUUUAAUGGAAGUAAUUCUUCAUUCAGUUGUUGAUAAAUCUUGGAGAAACUUUUAAUCCUGUCUGCAUUAAAUCCGCAGAUUUUACAUGUUACAGUACAUGUAUAUACCCACUAUUUCAUUUCUCUUACUGCACAGUCAUGUGGUGCCAUAAAGGUCAGCAAGUGGAUUAUUUUGGUGAAUAAGAAAGUGUUAAAAGUAUGCAUAGAGCACCUUUAUAGUGCAUAUUUUUGUAUUGGUUAAAUGAUAUUGUAUGACAUUGUAUAUGGGAUAUAAUUGUUGAUCAAGACACAGUAUACAUUGUAUGUAUAUUGAUCAUAAAAAUAAAGUAUAUGUGCUGUUAUAAAGCUCGGCUGAGGGUCUGGUGUUGGUGAUACGGGGACACUUAGGGAAUAUUUUGGGAGUUCAGAGAGCCAUACCCAUGAGAUGAAAUAAUAUCAUCACCAUGGGACCAUCCUAUCUAAGACAGAGAGAAAUAAGACCAAAAAUAGGGGCAUUUGUGUUGUAUGAGCUUCUGCUCGUUAAUGAAGGUCCUUUGUUAACAUGACUUUGUUAUGUAAAUAAAAUGUUAUAAUUUUGGUGAACUCCAUGGUUAUCUGCACCUCAUUAUGUCAAACCAAGAAUUCAUAAAACAAUUCUUGGUCAAACUGACCAAUAAAUAAUAGAAACACUGAA